CAAAAUAAAUCUGAGUCUACCGUUAUUUACGACAAAAAAAGUAAGCAAUCAAAAAGUUUAAACUCAAUGUUAGCUUUCACAAAGAUGGUUAGGUUCCAAGGGUUGCUCCAAUCCCGGGCUACCUUAUUGUUAAUCCGAAACUACCAUAAACAGCCUAUCAAAGUUGUGUGGAAGAAACCUGAAAUUGGAUGGAUAAAGCUAAACUUUGAUGGAUCAAGAGGACGAGAAGGGCAAGCCAGCAUUGGAGGGAUAUUCAGGAACCACAAAGCCGAGUUCCUUCUUGGAUACUCAGAAUCUAUAGGGGAAGCCACAAGUACCAUGGCAGAAUUCGCAGCGCUCAAAAGAGGGCUCGAGCUGGUUCUAGAGAACGGGUGGACGGAUCUAUGGCUCGAAGGAGAUGCCAAGAUCAUCAUGGAUAUCAUCUCCAAGAGAGGGAGAUUGAGAUGUGAAAGGACAAAUAAGCAUGUAAAUUAUAUCAAUGUGGUUAUGCCUGAGCUGAGCAACUGCGUGUUGAGCCAUGUUUACAGAGAAGGGAAUCGAGUCGCUGAUAAACUGGCUAAGUUAGGACAUCAGUUUCAGGAUCCUAAAGUCUGGAGGGUUCAGCCUCCGGAGAUAGUUCUACCAAUUAUGCAUGACGAUGCAAAAGGUAAGAUUGUUCUUAGAACAAAAUGAGCCCAAACAAGUAAAUAUUUGUUAACUAUAUUAUGUAUAUAUCAUUAGAUUUUGUCAAUAAUAACAAAGCCAACAUAUGUAAAUAGUUACUAACUUUUGUACAAUCAAGAUAUUUUCCACUA